UUUCUUUUAUCUUCUUUGCUAUUAAUUCUCUGGUUAAAUUGUUUUUCUUAUGAAUUUUAUGAGCUCCCUUGGCUAAAACUAAGAUGGUGGUGGUAUGUCAAAACUUGAGUAGUUAUCAUGGUAGAAAUCAAGUGAUUAAUUUUCAUCUUUCUUGCUACCUUCAAUUUUAGAAGAAAACUUAGGUUUCCACCAUGGUUUUGGGGGUGGAUUAGUAUCUUCAAUUGAAUCUUUAUUUUUAUUUAAUUAAAUAAUUAUUUAAGUUAAAUUUCACAAAAAUAUAUCCAAUUUUGUUGUUGAAUUAUGUAAUUAAGCUAUAAGUUUAGAGCUACCUCUCUAUAUUUCACAUUCUUAAGGUUAAUUUAAUUUGGAUUAGCCUUUUCAAUUAUAGAUUAAUUUUAUUUACAUGAUGUACCAAAUGGCUGAAUUUGAAUUGAAAUUGAAAAAGAAUAAAAAUAGAAAUUAGUUCUAACAAAUUAUCGUUUGUUUGUAUCUUCAAUUUUUCGGUAUGCAAUCUAUUAGGCCUUUUAUGUGUAUGUAUAUAUUUUAGAGAAUAUGUAUUUUAUAUUUUUAAGCCCAAGCUACAAGCCACUGCAUUCUCUUAGUUUUCAUAUAGGAAGAAUAAUUCCUAUUAUUGGUUUGUUAAUGUACAAAAAAGAUAGCUUGGAAAAAAAAAUGCUAUAAAAAUUUUGUUUGAACAAAAAUGAUAAAAGAAUUGUUUCGUUAAUGUGAAAGUUCUUUUGUUUACAAUUAUCAUUAAGCCAAACAUUCCGAAAUGAAUCGUAUUUGCAAAUAAAUAAGAAGCAAUUUCUACAAAUCACAGUUACACAUAUGUGUAGAAAAUUUUCUUUUAUGAAAUUUUAAUAUGUUAUUUUUGCAUAUGUGUUAUGUUGAUGCCUAAAUUUGAUUCAACAGUGGGAUGACUUUUUCGACAUCUAGGCCACGUAAUUCUUUCGGACCAGGUUAGGAGGGUGACAUCGGUGUGGUGUUGGCCAAAGACCCUCCGAUGCUUAAGUCAGUCGAGUAUUUGAGAGUAAAGUAUACGAUAGUUUUGGUGUUUAGAAUUGCCUAACUUUGAGAAAAGGUCGUAAAACCUUUCUGACCAUAGUCAUACUCUAGGACGAUCUAUUCCUCCUUGGAUUAUGACUCCCUAUAGGUGGACGUGUCUUGGCAAACCUGAAACAUCCUAGUUCCUUUAGGAUUAGAAGUCCUUUAGGUUAACACCGUGUACCUCGGAGCUUACUCCACAUACGCUUCAGCUCCUAUCUAUUUAGGUAGGAAUUCUAAUCAAAUGUAAAUCGAGAUAGGUAAGCCUCAUCCACACCGGUCCUAAAUUCAUGGACUAAUUGAUUUAGAAGCCCACAUGAGAUUAGGUGGAAACAUAUGUGGUAAUUAGGUUUGAGCUCAGCUCGACCACCUGAUCUUGAGCUUAACUUAGCCUAGCCACUCAACCUCGAGCUAAGCUCGACGACCUGGGCUCGAGUUGAGCUCGAUCAUUUGGGUUUUAGACAAGCUCAGCCUGGAGGCAUUUUACUCAACAACAUAUGACUGUCAUUUGUUUGUAACAAACAAAUUACAAGUAAAAAGUCAAGUAGUGUUCUUUGCAAAUUGCUUGCUACCGGAGUAUGACUAUGUUGUAUAAUUCAUUUACAUAUCAUAAUAUAUAUAUGCGCGACAUAGAUGAUAUUUCCCAUUUUUAAAAUAUAAUAUUAAUAAAUAUCUAUGUGUUAAAACACACUAAUUAUGUCCCUGCUGUAUCCAAGAAUAUUAUUCAAACACCACACUAUAAUUAUCGUUCGAGAAUAUGAUAAGAUAAAGACUUUGACGACACGUAGGGCCCUCCUAAAAUGGAGAUCAGUAUGCCACGUACUUUCCAAAAGAAGAAUAAACCAGAAGAACCAAGGCCACGUUGCACUUCCUACAGAAACGAAGGCGCCGCUGGAAAUAAGCCAAAACAGAAGCGGUCAUAUACCACUAGAGAGCAGUGGUUUUUUAUUUUUUCUAUAGAACUACAGUUGCGCAAGUUGAAUUAUUUUUCCAUUUUGUCCAAUCCAGAAGUGGUUUUCUCUCCGCACCCACGGACACACAGAAUUAACGUUUGGGCUCCUAUCCGAGAAAUAACCCUUGGAUGGAAAAUGGUUUUAUCGAACUUUGAAUUUCGACUUUCUUGUUCAUCACAAAAAAAUAAUUAUUAUUCUCCACUUUCUUUAGCGGUUGUCAAAAUCACAAUAUAAAUAGUGCCUUCACAUUCUCACUUUCCCACAUCCAAAAACACAAGACUUUUGAUAGUAAAUUAACAGAUAAACAUCACAAAGUUCUGAUACAAUGUCUACAGCUGGUCAGGUUAUCAAGUGCAGAGCCGCGGUGGCAUGGGAAGCGGGGAAGCCACUAUCAAUUGAGGAAGUGGAGGUGGCACCACCACAGAAAGAAGAAGUCCGCUUGAAGAUCCUCUUCACCUCUCUUUGCCACACUGAUGUCUACUUCUGGGAAGCCAAAGGACAACACCCACUGUUCCCUCGCAUUUACGGUCAUGAAGCUGGAGGAAUUGUGGAAAGCGUAGGUGAGGGUGUGACUGAUCUCCAACCAGGAGACCAUGUCCUUCCGGUGUUCACGGGGGAGUGCAAGGAGUGCAGGCACUGUAAGUCAGAGGAAAGCAACAUGUGUGAUCUCCUGAGGAUCAAUACUGACAGGGGUACUAUGCUCAGUGAUGGCAAGUCCAGGUUCUCCAAGGAUGGAAAGCCAAUAUAUCACUUUCUUGGUACCUCUACCUUCAGUGAAUACACUGUAUGUCAUGUUGGUUCCGUCGCCAAGAUCAACCCUGCAGCCCCUCUUGAAAAAGUUUGUGUUCUUAGUUGUGGAAUAUGCACAGGUUUUGGUGCCACUGUGAAUGUUGCAAAACCCAAAAAGGGCUCAUCUGUUGCCAUUUUUGGACUUGGUGCUGUUGGUCUUGCUGCUGCUGAAGGUGCAAGGGUUUCUGGGGCUGCAAGAAUCAUUGGAGUUGAUUUGAAUUCCAACCGAUUUGAGGAAGCCAAAAAGUUUGGCGUGAAUGAAUUCGUGAAUCCAAAAGAUCAUAAUAAACCUGUGCAAGAGGUGAUUGCUGAAAUGACCGAUGGUGGAGUGGAUAGGAGUGUUGAAUGCACUGGAAGCGUCCAGGCAAUGAUUUCUGCAUUUGAAUGUGUUCAUGAUGGUUGGGGCGUUGCUGUACUUGUUGGUGUGCCUAAUAAAGAUGAUGCAUUCAAAACCCAUCCAGUGAAUUUCUUGAAUGAGAGGACUCUUAAGGGCACCUUCUAUGGUAACUACAAACCCCGAUCCGAUCUGCCCGGUGUUGUGGAGAUGUACAUGAAUAAGGAGCUGGAAGUGGAUAAAUUUAUCACUCACUCGGUCCCUUUCGCUGAGAUCAACAAAGCAUUUGACUUGAUGCUUUCAGGACAGUCCAUCAGGUGCAUCAUUCGCAUGGAGGAUUAGAGCAACUAGGAGGGA